CAUCGCGCCGCGUGUACACUUUUCAAAUCCGCGCUGUUUGAUUUAUCUUAAAGUACCUUAAUGAAAUGUUCGCAUUUUUCAUAAGCAGGUUUUAAUUACGUGUAUCAGUACAGAUCGGCGGUGGAAGCGACGGCAGGAGAGUCCCCCGUGUGUCGGGCUGUAGUGGCCACCUCCACCUUCUGUCUGCUCGCUGCAGAGCGAGGCUGAGGGAGACACGGCGUUACACUACAGCGGCCACUGGGAAAGGAGGAGGCCUGAGGGAAAUGAACGCGAACGGAGCAUGUGCCGAGACUGAAGUGCGCCCGAGGUUUACGUUUGAUACACUCUGAGUGCAAGCGACGCUACAAAAAUGCCGGGUUGGAAAAAGAACAUCCCCGCUUGCCUUCAAGCCGACCAAGAAGGAGAUGAGGGGCCCUACACCAAACACUCCAACCCCUCCAGACCACCAGAUGGCGCUCUCGCCAUCAGAAGACAGAGUAUUCCAGAUGAGUUCAAGAGCUCCAGCGUGGUGGAGUUGAUGAAGAAGGAGGGCACCACCCUGGGCCUGACCGUCUCCGGCGGCGUGGACAAGGACGGCAAGCCCCGCGUCUCCAACCUCCGGCAGGGCGGCAUCGCGGCCAGAAGUGACCAGCUGAAUGUCGGAGACUACAUUAAGUCCGUGAACGGCAUCAAUCUGACCAAGUUCCGCCAUGACGAGAUCAUUAGUCUGUUGAAGAACGUGGGCGAGAGGGUCGUUCUGGAGGUGGAAUACGAGCUCCCGCCUGUUUCUGUUCAAGGUUCAGGAGUGAUGUUUAAAAAUGUUGAGGUGACACUGCACAAAGAGGGCAACACAUUUGGGUUUGUCAUCAGAGGGGGCGCCCAUGAAGACAGGAACAAAUCUCGCCCAGUUACCAUAACGACUGUCAGACCCGGAGGCCCUGCUGACAGGGAAGGGACCAUCAAACCUGGGGACCGGCUUCUGAGCAUCGACGGCAUCCGCCUGCACGGCACCUCCCAUGCUGAAGCCAUGAGCAUCCUCAAGCAGUGCGGCCAGGAAGCCACACUCCUCAUCGAGUACGAUGUGUCCAUCAUGGACUCCAUAGCCAGUGCCUCUGGCCCGCUCCUGGUGGAAGUGGCCAAACCUCUGGGCUCCAGUCUGGGAGUGGCUCUCUCUACCUCCAUGUACUGCAACAAGCAGGUCAUCGUCAUCGACAAAGUCAAGCCAGCCAGCAUCGCUGACAGGUGCGGGGCACUGCAUGCCGGUGACCAUAUCCUGUCAGUGGAUGGCACGAGUAUGGAAUACUGCACGCUGGCUGAGGCCACGCAGCUCCUGGCCAGUGCGUGCGAGCACGUCAAAAUGGAGAUCCUUCCCCACCACCAGACCAGACUGGCCCUUAAGGGCCCGGAGCAUGUCAAGGUGCAGAGAAGCACACGUCCGCUGCCCUGGGAGUCCGGCACCAACAACAACAGCAACUUCAUCCCCUAUCAGCACUACAACACCUACCACCCCGACCAGUCCCGCAGUCAGGCCAAGCAGAAGUCGUCUCCCAGCAACCCCCCUCUGGGUUCAUCCUUCUCACCAUCCUCUAUGAGUGCCUACAGCCUGAGCUCUCUCAACAUGAGCACACUGCCCCGCAACAUGUAUCCCACAAGUCCCCGCGGCACAAUGAUGAGGCGCAAACUCAAGAAGAAGGACUACAAAAGCUCCUUGUCUCUGGCCUCCAGCACUGUGGGCCUGGCCGGUCAAGUGGUGCACACGGAGACCACUGACGUGACCCUGGUCAGCGACUCCAUCAUGGGAUUCGGGAUCCAGCUCCAGGGAGGAGUGUUCGCCACGGAAACACUCACCUCGCCCCCGCUCAUCGCUUACAUCGACCCCGACAGCCCAGCCGAGAGGUGCGGCAUCCUGCAGAUCGGAGACCGGAUCCUGUCCAUCAAUGGCGUCCCAACGGAGGACAGCACCCUGGAGGAGACCAACCAGCUGCUUCGGGACUCCGGCAUCACCAGCAAGGUCACGCUGGAGAUAGAGUUCGACGUGGCAGAGUCCGUCAUCCCAAGCAGUGGCACCUUCCAUGUGAAACUUCCGAAGAAGGCGGGUGUGGAGCUGGGCAUCACCAUCAGCUCUCCAUCCAACAGGAAGCCAGGGGAUCCUCUGAUCAUCUCCGACAUUAAGACGGGCAGCGUGGCACACAGGACGGGUACUCUGGAGCUGGGAGAUAAGCUCUUGGCCAUUGACAACAUCCGCCUGGACAACUGUUCCAUGGAGGAUGCUGUCCAGAUCCUGCAGCAGUGUGAGGACUUGGUCAAGCUUAAGAUUCGCAAAGACGAGGACAACUCAGGUGUCCUGCGGGCGGGCCGUGUUCACAUGGACGCCCGUGUGCUGUUGGCCUGUGUUGCAGACGAGCAGGAGAGCUCGGGCGCCAUCAUCUACACCGUGGAGCUGAAGCGCUAUGGAGGCCCCCUCGGCAUCACCAUCUCUGGCACAGAGGAGCCCUUCGACCCCAUCAUUAUCUCCAGCCUAACCAAAGGCGGCCUGGCCGAGAGGACGGGUGCGAUCCAUGUUGGAGACCGCAUCCUGGCCAUAAACAGCAACAGUCUGAAGGGCAAGCCCCUGAGUGAAGCUAUCCACCUGCUCCAGAUGGCUGGAGAGUCUGUCACUCUCAAGAUCAAGAAGCAGGGAGAGCUGGGCAGUCCCAAGCAGCCGUCGGUGCCCGGACGUCUUGGCGAUCUGAGUGACGUGGACGACGAGAACAUGAGUGGGCAGAAGCCAGGCAAGCUGUCCGACAUGUACUCCGUCACCAUCCCCAGCGUGGACAGUGCCGUGGAGUCCUGGGACGGCUCAGCCAUCGACAGCGCCCAGGCACCAUCAGGCUUCCAGGCGUCAGGCUACAGCCUACGUGGCCACGAGUGGAGGAACGCCAAGGCGAGGCGGGGCAGCCUGUCGCCAGGCAGCAGCGCUCGGCACAGGGGCAACGUCCUGCAGGACCUGGGCCUCAGCGAUGAUGAAUGGGAGCAGCCGGCCACCGCCGGGUUCACCGUGGGCCAUGACGGGACAGAACCGGACCAGGAGGAGAACUUCUGGUCACAGGCACUGGAGGACCUGGAGACCUGCGGCCAGUCAGGGAUCCUCCGCGAGCUUGAGGACAAGCCAGACAGGCUUCUGACUAAGAGAAACCUGGCCAUCUUGGCUACCAUCAUGUCUGGGAGCACGCUAAGUCUGAACCAGGAGCCCACGCAGUCACGGAGCCACCUGGGCAGGCAGGCCAGCUUCCAGGAGCGUGGCAGCGGCAGACCGCAGUACACACAGGCCAGCCGCAGCAACACGCUGCCCAGUGACGGUGGCCGCAAGGCUUUUGCCAUGAAGAAGAUGAAACAGGAGGUCCAGGACAUUAUGUCGCCGAACCCAGUGGAGCUACACAAGGUGAGUCUGUUCAAAGAGUCGGACCUGGAGGACUUUGGCUUCAGUGUGUCUGACGGGCUCCUCGAGAAGGGCGUCUACGUCAACAACAUCCGUCCAGGAGGGCCCGCUGAGGGGGCGGGGCUGAAGCCCUAUGACAGGUUACUGCAGAUCAACCAUGUUCGCACCAGAGACUUUGACUGCUGCUUGGUAGUUCCCCUCAUCGCAGAAUCUGGAAACAAACUGGACCUAGUGAUCAGCCGGAACCCGGUUUCCGCGCCACCCUCAGAACUGAACCAGCAGCCCAAUGAGGAGCCAGAGGGCUGGACUGACCUCAGCGAGCCCCUCAGCCAGCUAGCAGCUGACCAGGAGACGACCCAGCAGAGCUCCAGGCUAGUGGGGGCAGAGGACAGAGAUCUCAACAAGACAUUAUAGCAGAAUCCCCUCCCCCCCUUUCCCCGGCGAUGGCAGACGAGUGCUCCUCAUGGUGCUAACCGAACCCGUCCUGACGGCUCCCCCUGCUGGUAGUGAGCAGAAACUCGUCUGUGAUCUAGCACACCCAUUGGCCCCUGUGCCAGAACAUAAGUCACGCUGGCAGAAAGGCGUCCUUGCCAUGCCUGCUGGGUGCGUGUUUGCGCCUGUCAAACUGACACUACUGAUGGAGGAAUACCAUACUAACCUCUUGGAGUACUGAAUUUGAAAAAAAUAGAGAAAAUCUGAAAUUGAAACAGUGCCAUGCCUCAUUUUUAUUGCCAACCAACAAGUAGUUUUAGGGAAAAAUAUGAAACAAAAGGAAACUUUGACAUCGUUUACACAUGAUGGUGACAUUUCUCUUUGUACUCUCUGGCUGCUCGGUGUGUGUGUGUGUGUGUGUGUGUGUGUGUGUCCCUGUUUUUGAAAUUCUGCAUGUGUGUGUGUAAGCAAGACAUUCUUAGUCUUGGCCAGAGCAGUCCCUGCAUUCUCUGUUUGCGAAGAGUCCCUUGUUCCAGCCUUAGGUGUCCACCUCGUCCUUUGGAAACAACUCCCCCAGACUCUCUCUGGGUCUGUUUUUUUGUAGGACUAAACCCACAUGUGUGUGUAUAGUGAAUAGCACUGUAACUCCUCUCAACUGAUGCCAGGGUCUUUUCUGCCUGUCUCACUCAGCAGGAAAACAGUCUGACAAUUUCAGUGACAUGAACCCAAAAGCCAUUUUCCGAACGUGGCAAAAGCGAGUCAUAGUGGCUUGCAUAGUGUAAUGCAUGAGUCCUUUUGAAAUAUUUUGUAAUGGUAGAAGUACUAUUGUACAAAAAGAGUACUUAAUUACAUGCAGAUUAAAAAAAAAAGUUUGACUAUCCCAAAUACCAUCAUUUGAUUUCAGGUGUUACUCAUAUAAGUAAUAAUCUGAGGUUUGGAUCAUUUCAACGUGAUAUUAAAGGGGUGACACAAAGGCACCUUAUCCUUAAAUUGGGAAUAUAUCUAUUUUUAUUAGUAGAGGCAAUUGAUGUAUAAGUGACCAAUGAGCAAUCGGAGUGGUGGUGGGGAUGCGUUCCACGGUUGGCAAGCAUGGCCCUUGCAGGAAGCUACUCGAGUGCAGAUCGCGAAGACGCUGGGAUACAGAUGGUGUGUUUCAUUUCGAACAAGCCGUUGCUAAGUGUCUAACAUAGGCAGAGGGUCUAGUUGAACUCCUAGACGUAUCCCAUUCUGGGGAAAUGUGUUGCUAGCACAAAGCAGAGACCAAAUACCCACUCCAGACUGUCCUAAAGCAGCUUCUCUUCACAUUUAGAGAAUGGUUCCAACAGGCCAUUUCUGGGCAAUGGUGGCAAUUAAGUUGUGGCAGCAAGGACAUGGAGGUGUCCUGCUGGUGCCAGGCACAUCCAAUAAAGGAUAGAACAAUGUGGAGAGAGAAGAACACAAAGUCCUCCAUUAAGGAUUUGGGUUUCACACUGUUUGGAAGAACAUUUUAGCCACAACUGUAGUUUGUAGCCUGUCCUGUAAGUCUAGAUAUUUACCCUUCUUUGACCUACAGUACAUACGCAGUGUAAGCAGCUCUCAUUCUAACAUCACACUGAAGGAAAAAAAAAUUAAAAUAAAAAUUUAAAAUGUCAAGCAUGAGGCUGUCACACAUGGAAGGCUCGAAGCAACUUCUAGUCUAUACUCUCCUCCCCCCC